AUGAUUCUCGAAGAACGGAAAGGAAGGAACAAGCCAAAUGACACACCAUCAGACCCUGUUUGCCCACAAGAUGAUGUAGAAAUGAAACAACCAGGAGAAAAUUCAGAGAUAAAGAGAUAUCCAGCAAGUGGUGGAGAACUGUACACAGAGGUUAACUUAAAGGAUAAAAAGAAAAAGCCUGAUAGCGACAACGAAUCUAGUAAGCCUACAGCUGUUGACAAAAAUGUAGAGGGCCUACAAUAUGCAGAUCUGGGUUUGCCUCGCAGUUUACCAACUGACAAGAAAAAUGUAAUCCACCACCCAGACCAGGAGACAACUUACUCCAGUAUCCAACCCCAACCCCAACAGAUCUGACAACCAGCGCCAUCCAUAGUACAUCCAACCAACAAAGUGCAUCCUGUUGAUGAUAUUUUCACAACCUGCAGAAAAGAAAAAAAGGAAGAAAAAGAAAAAUAAUGAAUAUCAACAACAGGAAAAUGAGCACACAGAGGAGUGAACUUGAUUUAGAAUCUUCUGUCAAAAAUUAAAUAACAAGUCAAACACUUGGUAAAUUAAUGCUGCAAUAAUUGAUUAUGCGUUUACAUUUAUAAAUAUUAUUCACCCCAACAAUCUAAUUUCCCUAGUCUGUUAACUGUUUUAAUCAUUAUUGUUAUGCUAACCAUAUUAAUUACCCUAACUAUGUUAAUUAUCUUUAUGAUUUAAUAAUUAUACUUUGAGCUAUAAUAGAGCUGCAUGAUUAUACAAACAUAAAUUUGGUAUAAA